AUCCAGUUGUCUACUUGCGAGUUUUGGUCAUUGAAUUCGGCUAUCUUGACGGGAAAUCUUCGAUUUCAAUCAUGGCGCCAGCAAGUAUUACAUUAAUUGUUGAGCCCCGGGGUAAACCGAUCAAGAAGCUCCCCAAGGAAAUUCAAAUCAGUCCCAAUGCUCCCGCCCAGGAGAUCUACACGGCGCUCGCGGCGGCCUCCGGCUUUUCCAUCCAUCGCCUGAGAAUUACUAAAGGAAGCGACCGCAGUGUAGUACCCAAUUCGAAGGAGACUACAGUCGAUGAUACCGGUCUGAAAGAGAGAAGUGUUGUCCAUGUCAAGGACCUUGGUCCCCAAAUUGGCUGGCGCACCGUAUUUAUCAUUGAGUAUUUUGGCCCUCUGGUCAUCCCUGCUCUGUUCCUCUACCCUCUUCGUCCGUAUCUCUAUUACAAUUUCGACAAGCCACUUCCCGAACCAUCCUAUCUUCAGCAAUUGGUCUGUGCACUGUUGUCUAUUCAUUUCCUGAAGCGUGAAUUUGAGACCAUCUUCAUCCACCGCUUCAGCAAUGCCACGAUGCCAGCACGCAAUAUCUUCAAGAAUAGCGCACACUACUGGGUCCUGGCUGGCUUGAAUAUCGCCUAUUGGGUUUUCCGCCCCGACGCGUCUGCAGUCAACGAACCGAACCCUGCUCUCCUCUACGCUGGUCUCGGCCUCUUCGUUUUUGGUGAACUGGCCAACCUGAACUCGCAUUUGGUGCUACGUGGCCUGCGCCGUCCGGGUACGACAGACAGGGGUAUUCCCUCAGGAUUUGGAUUUAACCUUGUCACCUGCCCGAACUACCUGUUCGAGAUCAUGGCCUGGGUCGGUGUCUAUCUCGUUAGCGGUCUCAGCUGGAGCGUGCUGUUCUUCAUCGCCGUCGGCGGUGCGCAGAUGGCCGCGUGGGCUAAGAAGAAGGAACGCCGUUACCGCAAGGAGUUCGGUGACAAGUACAAGCGCAAGCGCUCCGUUAUUGUUCCUGGUCUUAUUUAGUUUUGACCAGAAGAAAUCAAAUCACUUUCUUUUUCAAAGACUGUGGUGAGGUACGGCUAGCUCUGGCCUUGUUACUCUUACUCAUUUCGAACCUGGUCACUCUCAGGUUCAUUGUUUUAAAUAGAGCCGUUAGAACAGUAGUCCGUGGCAGGGGACAAGUGUUUCUUCUAACAUGGCUACUCGAAAACUAAUCAUGACCGGUAUCACGGGCUAUGGUGUCAGCCCAUGAUUUCCAAUUGUACGUUUCCUCAAGAUACUUCUGUCAAAAAUACUAGAAAUAAUAAUUGAGUAUUUGUUACAUUAAACAUCAAAA